UUCAAACGUCACGAGCGAGAUGGCUCCGCCUCUUUCGCCCAAAUAUGAAUGAAAAUAUAUAUUUAAAAUCAAUAAAACAGAGACAAACGCGUUAGAGGAACACGUUAACAGUAAAACUGCGGAAACGCUGACUGAAAACAUGGAGGGAAUGCGGGCAGCGGGGUGAAAGUGGACGUGCCGCUGCGGUGGGCGGCGAAAGCGCCUGUCUGAUGAUUAGAUUUACUGUGUGGAUCGCGGUGGAGAGGGAGGAUGACUCACUCCGUCUGAUGUGAGGUUCACCCCGCAACAGCUCGGCAGUGCGGUGGCACGCCGGCGGUUCAGGCUGACAUGUCCGCUGUACUCCAGCAAUACAAGAAAAACUUUAUCAAAGUAUUAAGCUGCCCCCUUUUCCGAGGUCAAACGGGGUACGGGCUUUGUUUGAAACUUGAGUGUUUCGUCACUUGGUAGUUAGAGUGACCCGUGGAGUCGUGAUUCACCGUGAAUUUCGUGACGGCUAAUUGCCAUGGAAACAGUGCUGCUGCGCUGAGAGGAAAUUGUCCGUAUUAACUUCAGCUUCAACCUUUCCAAUAGGGUCGGAUAAACCUGUUGGAUACCUUAAUAUAUAUUUUUUCCCUUAUAUAUUCUUUUGUCUUGGUUUUACUUUUUUUUUUUUUUACUGUAAUUUGACAACUAAUCAGGUAAGGACAAUGGAGCAUAAAACUGAAAAGAGGUUCCACAACCUGACCCAUGAGCAAGUCGAAGCUCUCGACAAAGUGCUGACUGAGGUGAUCCCGAUCCACGGGCGAGGAAAUUUCCCCACACUGCAGGUGAGAGCCAAAGACAUCAUCCGUGUGGUGAAAGAUCGACUGGUGGAGAGGGACAUCCAGGUUAAAGACAUACGCCUCAACGGAGCCACCGCCAGCCACGUCCUGGUGAGAGAUAACGGCCUGGGCUACAGAGACUUGGACAUCAUAUUCGGAGUAGAGCUGCCCAGGCAGGAGGACUUCCAGGUGAUUAAGGAGGUGGUGCUGGGCAGCCUGCGGGACCUCCUCCCAUGUGGGGUUAACAGACGGAAGAUCACCUGCCUCACUAUGAAGGAAGCAUAUGUGCAAAAGAUGGUGAAAGUAUUCAAUGAGCACGACAGAUGGAGCCUGAUCUUGCUCUCCAACAACAGAUCCAAGACGGUGGGGCUCAGAUUCGUUAGCUCUCUCCGGAGGCAGUUUGAAUUCAGCGUGGACUCCUUUCAAAUAAUACUAGAUCGCAUGCUGGAGUCUUACUGGGAGACUGACAGGAGAGAAGAAGGAAAACUGCCCCUGAAUGCCAGGAAUUCAUCAAAGAGGCACAGCAGCAAAGACAAAAACAAGAUACAAGACCAAUCGAGCAGUCGUCAAGAUGUCAAAGAGGAUGCUGGAAAAGAUGGAGAGAUGGCAACUAAUUCAGGCCCUUCAAGCCCAGAUGAAGCCGUUUCUCCGUUUGAGCGUAAAGAUGAAGAUACGGAUCAUGCAGAUGGAAAGUAUGAGGCAAAAGGACCUGAGGGAAACAGCCUACAGCAGGUGGAGGAUGAUGUGGGUGGCUGUGAGGGCGUCCAUUCAGAGGUAGACAUGUCAGGGGUGUUUGAGCUUUGUGAAGAAAGCACAGAACAAAAAGAACUGUUCGAUGGUGAUUAUCCCUUGGAAGCAUCGUCGAAAGCUUUUUUCCCCGAUGCAAGAGAUCCAUUAAUGACACGUCCAUGUUUAAAACUGCAGACGACUGAAGAAGUGUCCAUAAUAAACACUGAACCAUCAACAUCCGAAGAAAUAGCUCAUUUUGAAACAAGUACAAAGUUAGAGGUAAACAUCAUAAACUGCAAGAUGGAUAACACCCCAACGCUGCAAGAAUCCCUCUGUGAAUACUCCUUUCCUCCCCCGGCUAAAAAAACUUGCAGCACAUCACAGGACAUUGUGCCAGACUACUGCCCUUCUCCGAAACUGCAAAGGAAAAUGUCACGGAAGCUGAUCAGCCAGCCUGAAAAGUGGUCCUUACUCACGGAUGUGUCAGACCUUACAACUCAGCUCUUUUCUCCAAUAGAGGUAGUGAAACCUCUUCAGCCAAAACCCCCUGUACCUGAUAGCGUAGACGUUCGUGGCUCAAACGUUUUAUGUCCUGAAUCAGAACAUUUUGAGGGUAAGGACACUCUUACUGUUCCUUCGUACAGUCCAGAACUUACACCUCAGGAAGGUGCAGGCUUGUCUGAUUCCCCAGAACAAACCGUGAAGCCAAAACACCUCAAGAAGCCUCCUGAUUUAAAGACUCAGAAAACCACGGUUUUAACGCCUCAAGUUGAUGAUCAAGGUCCUGAACGUCUUGACACUGUUCCAGAUAGUGUCCCAUAUAUCAGUGUAGAAAGUGAGCCUGUUAUCACUGUUGAGGCAGAGUGCAUGUACGGAGACUUUGAGCAAGCGGUGGACCACCUUCGCCAACGCCUCAUUGCCACCCACAACCCAGAGGAGAUCCGUGGAGGGGGCCUGCUGAAGUACAGCGAUCUGCUGGUGAGGAACUUCCAGCCAGCCAGCGAGACUGAAAUCAAGUCCUUGGAGCGUUACAUGUGCUCCCGCUUCUUUAUCGACUUCCCUGACGUAUGCGAGCAGCAGCGUAAGAUCGAGGCCUACUUGCAGUGCCACUUCAUUGGCAGCGAGGAAGCGAGCAAGUACGACUACCUGAUGACCCUGCGGCGCGUGAUAGACGAAAGCACAGUGUGUUUGAUGGGACAUGAGAGGAGACAGACCCUCAAUAUGAUCACUGUCCUUGCUUUGAAGGUUCUGGGGGAGCAGAACGCCAUCCCCAACACGGCAAACGUUACUUGCUUUUAUCAGCCAGCGCCAUACGUGUCAGAGCCAAUUUACAACAGCUACUACAUCCCUCAGGCCCAACCGCCACUUGUCUACCACCCGUACCCUCUGCAUGUUCACAUGCAGUCUGGCCUUGUUUAGCCAAAAUGGCACGCUGGCAUGAAGGCAUGCACUUAGCAUGGCGCUCUGCAAUUAGAUGCAUACGUGGAAGUUUUAGCAACAACAGGUAACAAAAGUUGCAGUGUUGUUUAAAGUUUUAAAAUCCCUCCUGCUUACAACAGAUAUUGGGUGGUCAGGACUGAGGCGGAUUCAGAGGUAAAUGCGCAUUCUCUUUAAGAAGAGCCCAAGAAAAGAAACACGAGAGCUUGUUGAGAGGAUUUCAUGAAAUCCGAGGGGACCUGCUGUACGGCCGGUCCAGCUCAGUUUUGGAGUACGGGAGUACCCUCCUGCAUUGAAGGCAUCGUAAUAUGUCUACAUGAUAAACACCUUUAACUUAUUAAGUGUAAUCUGUUGCUUGUUGGCUACAAGGAUCUUGAAACCUUGGUCUGGGAAAAAGUUCGAGUCAAUUAGUUAAUCCUGUGGGGUACAAACACUAUAACUGUUUUGUGAAUCGUUCGUCUGAACCACAUUCAGCGAUCCCAUACCUGUGUGCACAUUGUUUAGAGAUAAGGUGCCGUUUACUGUGGGGUUAGAUUAGACCGUGGUGCUUCCAUAAUGUGGUAAAUUAUGUAUUAGUGGAUGUGAAUUGUGAACACAUCAUGUAAUAAGGAUAUAGUAGCUGAAGGCAGUUAGAGAAUAAAUAAACCAGAUUUAACUGAAUAAAUGUCUUGUACUCUCGCUACAGUUUCUGCAGAAAGGAAAAAAAACAGAAGUUAUAAGCUAAUAAUUAUCUAAUCAUAUAGCAGAUUUCAUACAAUGACUUCUUCCAUGUGUCUCCGAUUAUGAUUGAAAAGACCCUUUCCACUUUUAUUGGGACCCUUGGUUAAAGAUGCAUCAAAAGCUUUAAAAUAAUUAUUCAUUAGAAAAAUAAAACACAUUGAAAGGUUUAUUUAUUAAGUGUAAGACAACAACAAAAAAAUGUUGACAAGGAAUAAUUCCUUGCCCAAACUCACCAUUCGGCUGCGCUACUAACAAUCCCAAAAUAUGAAUGUCUCUGAAGCAUUUUUAUCAUUUAUUCUCUACUUUUAAUGAAUAAGCCAUGACAUGUUGUUUAGAUGGGCUACGAAUAAAAUGUGACAGAGUCCCAAUUUUAUAAGCCUCUCUUCAAAAUGGGGAAAAACAGGAGAAAAUGCUAUUCAACUUAAAGACAGAUGCUUAUCUUCAAAAAUGCAGAAAUUAUAUGGCUCGAUGCUCAUUUCAAAUCAAUCAAUGUAACCAGUGCUACUGCAAUAAAAAAAAUAUAUAUAUUUUAAGGCUUUUUAUUUAUCUUUACAAAUGUAAAAAUAACUAAUGUGAAAUAUGUGGUUUAGGUAGAAAACUCCUGCUAAUUCAUCCUGUUUCAGAAAUAUCACUUGUGAUUUUCUUUAAAAAAUGUAAAUCAGUUUCUUCUAAAAUAUUUCACACAAUUUAUGAGAUGAAACUAUAUUCAAAAAUGUGUGUUGUCUGAACUUGUCAGCUGAUCUCUGUCUUAGCUGAGUUUGACAUGAUUUGAUUGUGGUUGACAAAAAUAUAUUAAACUUAAUCAGAAUUAGAUAAUUACAUCUUAUUCAAGAUGAGCAGGAGUGACUGCAAAGUGAUGGAUAAAACGGAAAUGCUUUUAUCUUUUAUGAGAUUUAACCACGAAGAUUCAAACUUUGACAGAGAAAACACAUGUUUAUAGCUCCAACAUCUAAAAAGAAGGGAAAAGUGUAUAAAAUUGAUAUAUUCCACUCAAAAGUAUCAGAUGCAGUGUGGUAAAAUGUAGAUAAAACAUAUUUUUAAUGCCUUACUUUUUUUUUUUUCAUAUGAAACAAGUUGACAAUGUCCAAUUCAGCAAUUGUUCCUCUCGUCCUUUCUAACCAGUGAGACAUUGUGAUGUUUUAUUGGUCGUUUUUUGUCACAUUUUCUUUGAGCUUCUGCUACGUCUCAUUCCUCUUGAGGGAAGAGUCACAGAGAUUUGCUGCGAUAUGAAAGCCUGAAUGCAUGUUUUUAUUCUAACAUUUGGAAGGAAAUAUGCCAAUUCUCUGGGGAAAUCCCUUUCUUUGUCGUCCCCAGACGGAUUUUUGCUGGGUGUGAGACAUUGCUGCAGUCAUGAACGUACGCUGUUUGGGGUUUCUCUGCCUGCUGUCCUGUGCAAGAAAAAAAAAAAAAAAAAAAAAAAUUAAAGUGCAGCCGUCGGUUCCUGCACUGUGUCUCAUUGUGUGUGUGCAAAGCACUCGUGUUUAGUGUUUGUGAUUAACAACAACAAAAAAAGACAAAGUGAAGCACAGGUUAGAGCAGGUAGGUACCCACACUGACACUGAAGCACAACGUAAAUGCACUUAGGUAUUGUUGAGUACUGACAGUGUUUGACAUGCUUGUGAUCCUCCAGCUCACUAUUGAUAAUCAUAACAAUGUGUGUAAGUUGUCCCCCUUGUAGCUUCGAUAUGGCCGUAUUUAUCUUUGGGGUUUGUUAUGUGUCGUUGGAAAAACUGUUCUUGCAGUAAAGACACUCCGAUAUUCCUGUUAUGAAAUCUAGACGCUCAAAUUGUUGUCAUUGUGUGAAUAAAUGUAACACAACGG